GACAGACAGACAGAGAGCACACAAGAGCUCCGAGUUGUAAAUUCUUCCUGAGCUGUGAGGGGCAUUCACUGAGAUAGCCCUCCCACCAUGACCACGGCAGGUGCAGUGGGCUGGCACUUGGCUGUGAAACUGGAGAGAGCUGGUUUGAGUUUGCACUUUAGCUCCUGGUAGGCAGGGAGCCUGGGCUGUGCUCACAUCUCCUCGGCGCAAAGAGCUGCCUGCCGCCCACCCACAGGAGGAUGUCUCAGUGGCUCUGGAUCCUUGGAAAGGUCCUGCUCCUGGCGAGGGUGGCAGCCUCAGUGAACUUCUUCCAUCACCGCUAUGAGGAGCUGGUGCAAGCCCUGUAUGACGUGAAGGGUGCCUGCCCAUACAUUACCAGGCUGUACAGCAUUGGGCGCAGUGUCCAGGGCCGCCACCUCUAUGUGCUGGAGUUCAGCGACUAUCCCGGCAUCCAUGAGCCCAUGGAGCCAGAGUUCAAGUAUGUGGCAAACAUGCACGGGAAUGAAGUGCUGGGCCGGGAACUGCUGCUCCAGCUCGCAGAGUUCCUGUGUGAACAGUAUCGGCAUGGCAACCAGCGCGUCACGCAGCUCAUCCAUGAGACGCGCAUUCACCUCUUGCCCACCAUGAACCCAGAUGGAUAUGAGGUGGCAGCUGCCCAGAGCCAAAGUCCCUUAGGAUACCUCGUUGGGAGAAACAAUGCCAAUGGAGUCGACCUUAACCGAAACUUUCCUGACCUCAAUACUGUCAUGUACUACAAUGAGAAACAGGGUGGACCCAACCACCAUAUACCCUUGCCAGACAACUGGAGGAGUCAGGUGGAACCAGAGACAUUUGCUGUGAUUCAGUGGAUGAAAAGCUACAAUUUCAUUCUCUCGGCCAAUCUCCAUGGUGGUGCCGUCGUUGCCAACUACCCAUAUGAUAAAUCCCAAGAGCAGAGAAGCCGGAGCGUCUGGCAAGCACAGAACAGCCCCACUCCUGAUGACAGCAUCUUCCAGAAGCUGGCCAAAAGCUAUUCAUAUGCCCAUGGAACGAUGCACCAAGGCACAAAUUGUGGAGAUAUCUUUCCUGAUGGCAUCACCAAUGGAGCCUCCUGGUAUUCGCUCAGCAAGGGGAUGCAAGAUUUCAAUUAUCUGCACACCAAUUGCUUUGAGAUUACCCUUGAACUGAGUUGCGAAAAAUUUCCACCAGAGAGCAGUCUGGUGUUUGAGUGGCGGAAAAAUGCUGAAGCACUUAUCACCUACAUAGAGGAGGUUCACCAGGGCAUCAAAGGUCUGGUGUCCGAUGACAACAACAACAGGCUCGCAGGUGCUGUCAUCUCAGUCAAAGGAAUUGCCCAUGAUGUCACUUCAGGAGAACAUGGUGACUAUUUCCGGCUGCUGCUGCCUGGUACUUACACAGUCACUGCAUCAGCGGAUGGAUACCAGCCACAGACGGUGACGGUGACGGUGGGCCCAGCUGCACCCACGGUGGUGCAUUUCCAACUCAGACAGAGCACUGUGGACAGCCCUCGUGUACAAAAGGCUUCUGACAGGGUCCCCAACAGUAAAGCCCUGCAUAAGAAGGUUGUGCCACGAGCUGCCCAAUGGGAGACGCCGCGGUGAAGGCAGACCUCGGCUGGGUGAAAACUGGUGGAGAUAUCAAACAUGAGAUGUAAACAAGGCUGACAGAUGAACUUUCCAAGAUCCAUCUCUUGUGAUACCCAUAAACAUGAAAUGAGCCUAAA